GGGUUUUCAGGUUUUGGUGUAUUUAUAAUUUGUGAAAGGUCAGCGAAGGUGGUUCUUGUAAAUUUUGAAAGGAGUUGGAUGGGUGGAGUGGGACGACAGUACGUGUUGGGUUGAGCACAAAUAUUGGUUCAGAAGCCAAACAUGAAGGCAUAACAAGAGAAGCCCAUUUCUGAUCAAGUGCAUAUUUUGGUGCUUCUGAUCUUGUUACAGCAUCAAAGAGCCUGAGAAAAUCUGUGCCGCGCAUUUAUCUGCAUCAGCUGUUGGGACCUCAUUUGAAGUCUUUAUUUACCCCAUUGGCCAGGCACAUCAGUCAAUCCAAUCCUGCUUCCCAAAUAUUUUCUUAUUAAUCGGCAAUGGGGGCUGUAGUGGGAAAGGCUGAAAGCCCUAGAAGUCUUUCGAUAUCUGAGACAAAGCUGGAGGCCAAAAUGGUUGAAGCAAUGCAGAGAAGAGCAGCUAAAGGAAGUGUCAUGAAAUCAUUCAACUCCAUAAUCUUGAAGUUCCCAAAGAUUGAUGAAAGCUUAAGAAAUUGCAAAGAUAUUUUUCAGCAGUUUGAUGAGGAUUCAAAUGGCGCAAUCGAUCAUGAUGAAUUGAAAAGAGCUUUCUCAAAACUGGAAGUCUCGUUUACAGAUGAGGAAAUCGAUGAUCUCUUUGCAGCAUGCGAUAUUAAUGAGGAUAUGGGAAUCAAUUUUAAUGAGUUCAUUGUUCUUAUUUGUGUCGUCUUUCUUCUGAAGGAUGAUCAGAAUGCUGGUGAAAAAAAAGUGGAUAUGGGAAUGCCAAAGCUGGAGGCCACAUUCGAAACAUUGGUGGAUGCAUUUGUGUUCUUGGAUAAGAACAAGGAUGGUUAUGUCAGCAAGAGUGAGAUGGUUCAGGCCAUUAAUGAAACCACAACAGGAGAACGCUCCUCUGGGCGAAUAGCCAUGAAAAGAUUUGAAGAGAUGGACUGGGAUAGAAAUGGAAUGGUGAACUUCAAGGAGUUCCUUUUCGCAUUCACUCGAUGGAUUGGAAUUGACGAUCUUGAUGAUGAGGAUGAAGAGGAGUGAAGAAGAAGAGAAGGUUCGAUAACUUUUGGCCACUAGAUGGAGUUUCCUCUUCUUUAUCAUGGCUGGUAUUAUAGAGCAAGUCAGGGAAGCUCCUUUACAAGGCCUAUGCUUUUAAACAAUAAUGUCCCAUGUAAAAUGAUGUUAUCAUUCCUUCUUUGAGGUGACCAUGUAAAUAGUUUGAAGAUAGACCUAUUCCCAUUCUCUUGCUGCUAAACAAUUGUUCUUUUAGUUGAUACUUGCUGACAUGCAAUAUGUAGCAGGAUUUUCAGAACAUUGCUUUGCUCUUUCUUGAUUUCUCACAUAGACAAGAGAUGGUCAAUCGAAACAAAAGGGUCACGAUGCAAAAAUGUUAACCGUAUAUGACUUUCAAAAUUAAGAACAGAGGAGAAAUAAAUCUAUCUGUGGCGCUAUAUACUCUGAAGCAAUGAAGCACCUUAGAAGUUCUUGUAGAAAUGAAUUUACAAGAAUAUCUGAAGCAAUGAAGCAAGACAGAACAUCAUAGAGAAUGCCUUGAAUAGCUACUGAAUACAAUCUAAAAUAGGAGUACAACAUAUUCCAAUCCAUAAAUUAAGACCAUAAUAUUUUUGCCUACUACUCAUGUACAAACCAUAC